AUGAACGACGAAGAUGCCAUCCAAAAUAUCCUCAAAAAGAUUGAGCGCGAAAAGGCUCUCCUCAACGCCGCCAAUGCUAUGAGAGCCCAGACAAACAACGAGGCCGUGCGAUCACGACUCGAUUCCCAGAUGCGCGAUGGUCGUCGAAACCUGCAAUUCUUCGAAGAGAAGCUUCGCGAGGCACAGCUGCGUCGGGGUAUGGACAACAUGUCCAUGGGAUCCCCCUCCGGUGACGGUAGACCUCUGAGCGGCGACGUUGAGGAUGCGCCCGCCCCUCCCCCCAAGGAUGCGAAUGCCUGGGCAGAGCGUGGCGGUUAUGGUGCCGGGAGCGCAACGUCGGGCGGCAAUGUCCAGUACAGCCAGAUUGGCGGCCACGCCGACCUGAUGCCUCCCCGCCAUCCUUAUGCCAAUCCAGGCCCCUCUUCCUCCAUCCCUAAGCCGCGCCCCAACUUCACCAAGCUUGAUCUUAUCAAAUAUGAUACCCCCUAUCUCGGCCCUCGUAUUCAGCUCAUGCUGUCGCAGAUUCAGUUCAAGCUCAACGUGGAGGAGCAGUAUCUCAAGGGAAUCGAGAAGAUGGUUCAGCUAUACGGCAUGGAAGGAGAUCGCAAGAGCAAGGCUGAUGCUGCCGCUAGAAGAGUUGAGAGCAAGCAGAAAAUUCUUUUGUUGAAGCAGGCUAUGAAGCGCUACGAGGAGUUGCACAUCGACAUGGAUACAUCUGAUGCCCAGGAUGAUGACUCUAUCAAUAUGCCUAAUCUCCGCAAGCCCCUCUCUGGCCAGCUCACCAUUCGUGUCGGACAAAUCAAGGACGUUGAUCACGCAUCCAUGAGUCGCUUUAGCCGAGGACCCGAGACUUUCAUCGCCGUCAAGGUCGAAGACAACGUCGUCGCCCGCACGAGAGUGACCAGAACCGACAAGUGGGAAGCCGAAUACCAUACUCUUGAAGUCGACAAGGCGAACGAAAUCGAACUUACAGUGUAUGAUAAGCCUGGCGAGCAUGCCAUUCCUAUUGCCAUGCUCUGGGUCAGAAUCUCCGACAUCGCCGAGGAAAUGAGAAGAAAGAGGAUCGAAGCAGAGAUCAACAGCUCUGGGUGGGUGUCGGCCGACCGUAUGGGUGCUCCGCCGGCGCAAUUCCCAAUGAACCCUCAACAGCAGCAGCAGUCAAUGGGUGGUCCUCCCCCCUCUCCUGGCGUUGGAGGACAACAAGGUCAACAAGGACAGCCUCCCAUGGCGAACCCUCCGAUCGCUCAGCAGCCCAUCGACGGCUGGUUCAACCUCGAGCCUGCUGGUCAGAUUCAACUAUCCUUGGGAUUCCUCAAGCAAAACAACGCUCGCCGCCCCGUCAACUUGCAAGGUCUCGGCCGUGUGGGUGCUGUUCGUCAGCGCAAGGAGGAGGUUCACGAGAUGUACGGACACAAGUUUGUCCAACACCAGUUCUACAACAUCAUGCGCUGCGCUCUUUGCGGAGACUUCCUCAAGUAUUCGACAGGCAUGCAGUGCGAGGACUGCAAGUACACUUGCCACACUAAAUGUUACUCUAGCGUUGUCACCAAAUGUAUCAGUAAGAGUAACGCUGAAACUGAUCCGGACGAAGAGAAGAUCAAUCACCGCAUCCCCCACAGAUUCCAGGCCUUCUCAAACAUGACAGCCAACUGGUGUUGCCACUGCGGUUACAUUUUGCCUUUCGGCAAGAAGAACUGCAGGAAAUGUGCGGAAUGUGGCCUCACAGCACACGCGGCAUGCGUACACCUUGUUCCUGACUUCUGUGGAAUGUCAAUGGCCGUGGCGAACCAGAUCUUGGAGGGUAUCAAGUCUACUAGAAUGAUCUCCAAGAAUAAGACUUCCACGUCGUUGAGCGAUCGGACACUGCGGCAGAAGCCGACAAGCCCAACUAGCACUAUCGGCUCUCCUCAUAGUGGAGGCCAGCCGUAUGCUGGAGGGUCACCGGAGGCAACUGAGGCUGCCAAGUUGAUGUACCAACAGCAGCAGCAGCAGUCUCCGCCUGGCCAGCGACCAAUGCACCCUGAUCGCACUUCUUCAAGCACGGCAGCGGCGGCGGCAGCGACGGCGGCGAUGAGCGGAUCAAUGGCUUCACAGCAAAAGCCUCAGUCUCAGGACUACUCAAGUUACGGUGGACGGCCUGGUUACCCGGCUCAGGCAGAGCAACCAGACUCUGACGUCUUCGAUGAGGGUGAGAAGGAGGGAGAAUGCCGAGCAGGUACAGCGUGGAUAAGCGCCAGCUCUAUGUGUGCCAUAUAG